UAUAUUUUUGAUAUCACCAAGGAGAUCUAUAGUGGCUACUGGCUAGCUAGUGCAUGUAAGUAAUUUCAUUUGGUUGGUUUUAAUUGAUUUUAUUUAAUACUUAUAAGUUUAUAACGUGUAUGCAUGGGAGAUGGGACUAUGAUAAAUCCAAAUAGUAGAAAUUAGGGUUGAUAAUACGUAAAAUCUUCGAGUGUUUUCUAGAUUUGCAGGUAAUAUAUGUGAAUUGAAACUUCUUAUAACUUGUGACAUUUAUUUUUCUACUUUAAAUUUAUAUAUAAUCUAGAAACAAAGGUGAACUCACGUUGCAGUGAAAUGGAUGUACGAAGGUAUCAACAUCAGUACGUACUUGUGCGAUGACAGCUUUGUAGCACAAAAUAUGAACUAAUCAUAUAACAUUAAAGUUAGGUCAUUCCAUAUUUUUCGCAUUUCCAAGUGGGAGAGUAUAAUAUAUAGUAGUAGAGUAACAAAUAAUAUAUAUAUUAGUUCACCACUUAAAAAUAAUUUAGAGAACUUUGAGAUAUACUAACACCUAUAACCGCCCCCUAUAAUUUCUAUAUAUGUAACACCCCAUAUUGCAUUUCUCAGCAAACAAAACAAAAACAUUUCCUGACGGAAAAAAUUAUUCGAUCUUAUUUUUAGGUUUAGAGUUUAAGAUUUUCUGGUUCUCAGGUAAAUAUGGCAACAAAAGAAGAAGCAGGGAAGCUAGAGUGGACGAUAAGUGUUGACAAUGGGACAACAGAGAGAUUGGUUCCUAAAUCAGGACUUAGUGAAAGAAUCUUUCUUUGGCUAAAUGGUUUAGUAAUGAAGGUGAUUGUGGAGAGAAUCGCAAAGUUUAUGAAGAAGACUUGGAGGAUUGGGGCAGAUGAUCCGGCAAAAGUGGUUCACUGUCUGAAAGUAGGACUUGCACUUUCAUUAGUCUCAAUCUUCUAUUACAUGAGACCUUUGUAUGAUGGAGUUGGAGGAAAUGCUAUGUGGGCUAUCAUGACUGUUGUAGUCGUCUUUGAGUCCAAUGUCGGAGCAACAUUCUCAAAAUGUGUGAACAGAGUGGUGGCAACUAUAUUAGCUGGAUCACUAGGCAUUUUUGUUCACUGGGUUGCAAUUCAAUCAGGAAAAGCUGAGAUUUUUGUGAUUGGAUGCUCUGUUUUUCUCUUUGCUUUCGCAGCUACUUACUCGCGAUUUGUGCCUUCAUUCAAAGCCAGAUUCGACUAUGGAGCUAUAAUCUUUAUCCUCACAUUUAGCCUUGUCUCAGUAGGUGGUUACCGAGUAGAUAAGCUGGUUGAUAUGGCUCAGCAAAGAAUUUCAACUAUUGCUAUUGGAACAUCUAUUUGCAUUAUCAUCACUGUCUUCUUUUGCCCCAUAUGGGCAGGAUCUCAGCUUCAUCGCCUUGUUCAACGUAAUUUUUCAAAACUUGCUGACUCAUUAGACGGCUGUGUAGAAGAGUACUUCAAGAAGAAAGACGUCUCUGAGAAUGAAGAUGAAGAAACUAACAUGAAGUUGCAAGGAUUCAAAUGUGUACUAAACUCUAAGGGAACAGAGGAAUCUAUGGCGAAUCUAGCUAGAUGGGAACCUGCACAUGGAAGCUUUAACUUCAGGCAUCCAUGGCAACAAUAUGUAAAGAUAGGGGCUGCUAUGAGGAGAUGUGCUUAUUGCCUUGAGAAUCUUAGUAGCUGCAUGAACUAUGAAACAGAGGUACCAGACCAGGUCAAGAAACACUUCGGAGAAGCUUGUGUGAAACUGAGCUCAGCUUCUUCAAAAAUCUUGAGAGAAUUAGCUGAUAUGAUGAACAACACGAGAAUAUCUUCGAAGAUGGAUUUCUUGGUGUUUGAUAUGAACUCAGCAGUACAAGAGCUUCAAGAAACCUUAAAGACUGUUCCAGUUAAAACCAACAAACCAGAACAAGAAGUUCCAAACAACAAAGAAGACAGAACCAUGUCGAUGAGCCUACAUGAAGUACUUCCUGUUGCCACUUUGGUUUCGUUGUUGAUCGAAAACGCAGCUAGGAUUCAGACAACGGUCGACGCAGUGGAUGAACUAGCAAAUCUUGCAGAUUUCAAACAAGAUUCGAAAAAGAAAAUGGGAGACAACAAUGCUAGACAACCACCACAAAGUUCCUAAACCGGAGUUUUCAUGUGUUUCACAAAAAAACCGGAGUUUUCAUGUACAGUAUAUAUUAAGCUUGAUAGUAUAUGAGUUUCCUUUGUUCCGUAACCGAAGCUUUCUUCGGCAUAUGGUUUAUAACUUUUAAGGGCAAAAAACAAGUUAUAUAUAACUAAAUCUCGAUAUAGACCAAGAAAAAGGAACUAAAUCUUGAUAAUGGUGGAAUCCACAAUUAAAUCUAGAGACUCUUUACGGCUAGGACUGGACAAAUAAACCGAAACCAAAAAUCCGAACCGGACCAUAUCUCAUAUCCGUUAAAAAUGAAUCCGAA